AUGGAUCAUCUAAUUUGUGAAGGGAUUUGUCAAAACUAUACACAAUGGAUAUGGCACGGUGAAGUGGUAGAAAAUUCAAAUGUGUCCCAAAGAGAUAAUGUUAGUGUAGAAAUGGAUGAUCGUCUGGAAGACAUGAUGUGUGAUAUUGGACAAGAUUCGUUUAAGAGGGCACAUGCGUAUGAUAGUUUAUGCAAUGACAAGGAUACACCUUUGUACUCGGGAUGCACAAAUUUUACUCGUUUGUCAGUCGUGUUAAAAUUGUUUAAUCUGAAGGCAAUUAACGGGUGGACUGACAAAAGUUUUACCGAAUUUCUUGAAUUGUUGACACAAAUGCUUCCAGAAGGUAACGUACUGCCAAGUCGUUAUUACGAGGCAAAGAAAAUACUGUGUCUGAUGGGUUUGGAGUAUGAAGCGAUACAUGCAUGUCCUAAUGAUUGCAUAUUAUACAGAAAAGAGUAUGUAAACUAUAACCAUUGUUCGAAGUGCAAGGCGUCACGCUACAAAAAGAGACAUGGUGAAUCUAGUGAUGAUGAUGAGGUCAAAAAGGGUCCUCCCGCGAAAGUUGUAUGGUACCUACCAAUAGUUUCAAGGUUCAAGAGAUUAUUCGCUAAUGCAAACGAUGCAAAGAAUCUUAGAUGGCAUGCAGAAGAAAGAAAAUGUGAUGGACAAAUUCGCCAUGUAACUGAUUCUUUGCAACGGAAGAAAAUAGAUUCUUUGUUUCCAAAUUUUGGCAAAGAGUCGAGAAACCUUAGACUUGGAAUUUCUACUGAUGGAAUGAAUCCGUUUGGUAAUAUAAAUACUAACCAUAUUUCUUGGCCUGUUCUUCUGAUGAUUUACAACCUAUCUCCUAGGUUGUGCAUGAAGCGUAAAUAUGUGAUGUUAUCCAUGAUGAUUUCGGGCCUAAAACAACCAGGAAAUGACAUAGAUGUUUAUCUAAGUCCACUGAUCGAUGAUUUAAAAGUGUUGUGGGAGGAAGGGGUGGAUGUUUUCGAUGCGCAUUCUGGUGAACAGUUCAAUAUGCGUGCCAUGUUGUUUUGCACCAUCAACGAUUUUCCGGCAUAUGGCAAUUUGUCUGGGUAUAAAGUUAAAGGGCAUAAAGCGUGUCCUAUAUGUGAAAAAGACACAUGUUACCAUCAGCUUGAAAAAGGAAAGAAGACUGUUUAUCUCGGGCAUCGAAAAUUUCUAAAUCGUUAUCAUCCAUAUCGUAGAUUGCGGAAAGUUUUCAAUGGGGAACAAGAGUAUGGUGUUGCUCCAAAGCCCUUAACUGGAGAGGAAGUUUAUCAACGACAACAGGGCAUUACUGCUGUUUUUGGAAAGUACCAAAAGCGGCCUAUUGUGAAAAAUAUAUGGAAAAAGAGGUCUGUUUUCUUCGAUCUUCCAUAUUGGUCCAGUCUUGAGGUAAGACACUGUAUUGAUGUGAUGCACAUGGAGAAAAAUGUAUGUGAUAGUGUAAUCGGAACACUUCUCAACAUUCAAGGCAAGACAAAGUAUGGUAUUAAUGCUCGUCUAGAUUUGGGCUUGAUGGGUAUACGAGAAGAGCUAACUCCACAAUAUAUAGGUAACAAGACGUAUUUGCCUCCUGCCUGCUACAAUUUGUCGAAAAAAGAGAAAUUAAGUUUUUUAAGGGAGAUUAGAUUAUGUGGUCCAAUAUUUUUACGGUGGAUGUAUCCAAUAGAGCGAUACAUGAAGAUCCUAAAAGGGUAUACCAAGAACCCACACCGUCCGGAAGCAUCGAUUAUUGAGAGGUACAUUGCAGAAGAAGCUAUUGAGUUUUGUUCUAACUAUUUGUCGGAAGUGAAUACUGUAGGGGUUCCCAAGUCUCGUCAUGAUGGAAGAUGUGAGGGUGUGGGUACACAAGGUUUAAAGAUCAAGAGCUUAAGUAUUGAUGUGGUUGUUCAAGCGCAUUUGUAUAUAUUGAAUAACACAGAUGAAGUUCAACCUUACUUAUCUGUUCACAAAAGCAUCAUAAAGAAAAAGUACCCCAAGAUGAGUGAAAGAGGGUUGUUAAAAGAGCAUAAUAAGAGUUUCUCUGAGUGGUUUAAAGAAAAAAUUGCUGGUGAUGAUAGUGCUUCAAAAACAAUUAAGUGGUUGUCCUAUGAGCCUAAAUGCAACAUAAUAACUUGGAGUGGAUAUGAUAUUAAUAAAACUUCCUUUUAUACAAAGGCAAAGGAUGACCGUAGUACCACGCAAAAUAGCGGGGUUAUGAUUGUGGCCGAGUCCAUGCACUUCUCUAGUGCUAAAGAUAAAAACCCGGUUAUGGCAUCUACACCCUACUUUGGGGUGAUUGAAGAGAUUUGGGAAGUUGAUUAUGUUGGGUUUAAAGUUCCUGUAUUUAAAUGCAAAUGGGUUGAUAUUGAUAUCAAUAGUGGUGUAAGAAUUGGAGAAUUUGGAGUUACAUUGGUUGAUCUUAGCAAGUUAGCUUAUGCGGACGAACCUUUCAUCAUGGCAUCUCAAGCAAAACAAGUUUUUUAUGUCACAGAUCCUUGUAAUAAAAGGUGGUCAGUUGUUCUACAAGGAAAGGUGCAUGAUAGUGAUGAAAAUCAAGAUGCGAAUCUUGAUAUUUCCGAAACUCCUCCUUUCUUAACAAAUGUGCCUACCUUCAUUGAAGAAGAUGUAGAGGAUGAUGUGCAUGCUAUUCGCAUAGAUCAUGAAGAAGGGAUAUGGGAGAACUAG